CCCUUGGCUCGCUCGCCAUGGACCCUGCCCUGCGGAGGACGCGGGGGGAAGAGGGUGAGGGCCAGCCGCAGGAAGACGAGGAAGAAGUGGACCCCCGCAUCCAGGGGGAGCUUGAAAAGUUGAAUCAGUCCACUGAUGAUAUUAAUCGGAGAGAAACCGAGCUUGAGGAUGCACGCCAGAAAUUCCGUUCUGUCCUGGUUGAAGCAACAAUAAAGCUAGAUGAACUUGUGAAGAAGAUUGGUAAAGCUGUAGAAGACUCUAAACCAUAUUGGGAAGCAAGGAGGGUUGCCAGGCAGGCACAACUGGAGGCCCAGAAGGCCACACAAGAUUUCCAGAGGGCCACAGAGGUGCUGCGGGCUGCUAAAGAGACCAUUUCCCUCGCAGAGCAGCGGCUGCUGGAGGAUGACAAGCGCCAGUUCGAUUCUGCCUGGCAAGAGAUGCUCAACCAUGCUACUCAGAGGGUCAUGGAGGCAGAACAGACAAAAACCAGAAGUGAGCUGGUACACAAGGAGACGGCAGCCAAAUACAAUGCUGCCAUGGGCCGAAUGAAGCAGCUGGAGAAGAAACUGAAAAGAGCUAUAAAUAAAUCCAAGCCUUAUUUUGAACUCAAGGCAAAAUACUAUGUACAGCUGGAGCAAUUAAAGAAGACUGUAGAUGAUCUUCAAGCAAAGCUAUUCUUGGCCAAGGGUGAAUACAAAACAGCUUUGAAGAAUCUAGAGAUGAUCUCUGAUGAGAUCCAUGAACGGAGACGGGCCUCUUCUAUGGGGCCCAGAGGCUGUGGGGUGGGUGCAGAAGGCAACAACGUGUCUGCAGAAGACCUUGUGGUGUGCAAACUGGAGUCAGAUAAUAUAUCCUUGGCUUCGGAAGUAUUUGAGGAUGAUAACUGCAACAGCUUUGUGUCUGAGGAAGACUCUGAAACCCAGUCCGUAUCCAGUCUUAGUUCGGGUCCAACAAGCCCUUUGGACGUGCCAGCACAGUUUCUCCCAGUGGUGCGGCCUAGGAGCCUGGAUCUCUCCAGCCCUAUCUCCCUUUCUGAAUUUGGAAUAUUUCCUCUACUGGGACCUCGAAGUGAAUGCAGUGGGGCUUCCUCGCCCGAAUGUGAAAUCGAAAGAGGAGACCGGGCAGAAGGAGCAGAGAACAAGAUUCUUGACAAAGUGAACAAGAACAGGAGCAGCAGCACUAGCUUAUCUUCCACUGGGCCAAAGCUGGAUAAUCAGAUGAAGCAGCUCUCCCUACAGCGUUUGAAAGACAAAGAUGGUAUUUGUGCGGACAGAAAAACAGUGCAGAUUGGUUGAACUCCUGUCCAGUUUGGAGCACAAAAGAAAUGCUAAAUUAUUUAUACACAAACCUCUUCUGAACGUCAGAAGAACCUUGUGCCAAUAGCUAUUUAAUAUAUGCCAAAUCUUUUAAGCGUUUACUCCUUAAACUGCACUAAGAGUUACAGCAGUGUUGAGGGCUCAAGUUGUGCGUUUUAAAAAAAGAAAGUCAUGACAGAAAUCUGUUACGCGUUACCGGCUGUGCUUGUUUUAGCUCGCAGCCCUUUUGAGGUGUUUUGUAGCAGUUUGGCAGAAGCAAUAACUAGGACUGACCCUCAUGUGGAGUUCUGUGCUCCUCAGGAGCUGAAGAACAAACUAAACGUUUUGGAGUUGCUGGCAUCUGGAUUU